AUGAAUGGCAUCUUAAGCUUAGUUCUAUUUGAAUGGGCCAUGUGCUUAGAAAAGGCUUUUAACCCUGUUCUCCCAUCGACCGACUUUUAUAAACCAAGCACAACAUCUUCUGAUAAUGGACUUCUUGGGCCGAAGAUUGAGGGAUCGGCUGGUAUUCAUGAUCCAGUGGCUUUUGGAGAAGGAAACUUCUACAAACUUCUGCAUCCAUCGAUGACUCGACUAACCAGCUAUCUGAACGACCACAGCUCGGAGUUCAGCGAAUGGUAUCGCUCUCCUAGCUUGAUCAUGGGCGAGGACCUUAAGGAAAAGAUCAUCUCUGGUCUGUACAAGGCCCAACCCAAGGAUGACAAGGAGCUCAAGGAGUUCUGGGGUCUGAUAAUGGGAGAGCUUCUUAUCAGAGACCUUCCGGAACUGAAGUCGGACCUUUCGAGCCUGAAGGAAAUCCAGAACGAAGAGGAUAAGAAGAAGAGCAUAGCCGAGUUCAAGGGGAUCAAUGAGAAGAGGAUCAACGAAGAAAACAACUUCUUUGGAACAGCAUUGUUUAUUCUAGAUUGUCUUUCUCUCGGAGUAACCAACCGAAAUGCAGAAAUCUAUCCCGAUGUUAUUGGGCCGUUCGUGGAUGCAGCAAUUGCCUUCAAGACUCUUGAGCAUAGCUUUUCAAACAUAAUUGGAUCUUCUAAAUAG